AUGAGCGACGAGGUCGAUGGCGACGCCGCAGAGGUGUGCGGCGGCGACGACGGUGCCGCGACGCCGGCGACGACGAGGGGGACGCGAGUCAUCGGCCAUCUCGGGGUGUCGUACGAGACCUACGAAGAGGAUGAAGCAACAGACUACCAGGACAUCGACGAUGAGCUGGACCCAGAGCUGCGCAAGCGAACGAUCAAGUUGCUGCUGCUGGGUGCUGGAGAAUCUGGAAAAAGUACCAUCGUAAAGCAAAUGAAGAUCAUCCACAAGAAUGGCUACUCAGAAGCGGAGUGCUUGGAAUUCCGGGCCAUCAUCUACAGCAACACGCUGCAGUCCAUCCUCGCCAUCGUCCGAGCCAUGGAAACGUUCAGCAUCGACUACGGGGAUACUGAAAGAGCUGCUGACGGGAGGCAGCUCUUCAACCUUGCCGACUCACUGGAGGAGGGAUCCAUGCCCAAUGAGCUUGCCGCCAUCAUCAUCCGCCUGUGGAAGGACACCGGGGUGCAGGCCAGCUUCGAUCGGGCGUCCGAAUACCAGCUCAACGAUUCUGCCUCUUACUACCUCAAUGAUCUGGAUCGUCUUAUGGACCCAGGCUACUUGCCCAACGAGCAAGACGUCCUGCGCUCCCGUGUUAAGACCACCGGCAUCAUCGAGGACUCCUUCUGCUUCAAAGACCUGCAGUUCAGGAUGUUCGACGUGGGAGGGCAGCGAUCGGAGCGGAAGAAGUGGAUCCACUGCUUCGAGGGCGUCACCUGUAUCAUCUUCUGCGGCGCGCUGAGUGCGUACGACAUGGUGCUCGUGGAGGACGACGAAGUGAACCGCAUGCACGAGAGCCUGCACCUGUUCAACAGCAUCUGCAACCACAGAUACUUCAACGACACCUCCAUAGUGCUGUUCCUCAACAAGAAAGACCUCUUCGAGGAGAAGGUGAAGAAGGUCCACCUCAACAUUUGUUUUCCAGACUACGAGGGUCCGAACACCUUCGAUGACGCAGGAGCCUACAUCAAGAACCAGUUCCUGGACCUGAACCUGCGCAAGGAGGCAAAGGAGAUCUACUCGCACUUGACGUGCGCCACUGACACCCAGAACGUCAAGUUCGUGUUCGACGCAGUCACCGACAUCAUCAUCAAGAACAACCUCAAAGACUGCGGCCUCUUCUGAGUCGGGCGUCACUUCGCUCGGAAGACGCGGUUCGUUUCAAAACGCUGCGACGACGCGAGGCACAAAAUGAUGCACGCCAGCGUCGUGUCGGCUCGUUCAUGUUAAGCCACAUUGAGAUGGCGGUAUGGGUCAUUGUUGAUAGCUUAGAGGGAUUGCGCAAUAGCCAGAGGCUUCCCUUCUUUCGUCUAUUUUACGUUGAUCCCUUAAAAGUGAUUGAGGCUCAAGUGAAUAUUACUAAUUCCUCAAGUACACGUUCAUUUGUGUAGUGUACAGACCCUAUUCUUCUGCGGUAAUUUAAACCAUUUAAAGUUAUUUUUAUGCAUACUCAUACGGAGAAGCAUAAGACAGUUUAAUGAUUGUGUGCAUUUCUAGGCAGAUUCUCGUGGACUACUAAAAACAGGAGUGUGGUGAUUAUAAUAACUUAGUGGGGUUUGAGCACAGCUGUGCAUUGCAGCGUUUAGUACAGCGGUAAUUAUAAACGAACUGCUCAAUAGUUCAGGCAAUUUGACUGUUAAUCAGUUCAUUUUCUACGAGCAGUAGCAACCAACCUUUAUGCAACACGAAGCAGCCUCAUGAGUAAUGUCCUAGCCACACAUUAUGGAAAGGAAUGGUGUGUGAUAGUGUAGCUAAUGAUAGCCGAGUUAGUUUAACACGUAGGCUUACGCGACCAAUAAUCCAUAAGAGGUCCUUUGGGUUAGAUCGCGUAAAUAUAUAAAUGUGUCGUUAAAAAAGUAAUUAAAAGAUAACAAAAAAUACCGUACAUUGCGGGAGUAACUGAUACACUAGUCAGGUGUUUGGAAAAACAAAACAUCCGAGUCAGAUUUGGCACGGUACAUAAAAUACAGAAAUUAAUAUCUGGUACAAAAGAUGUAUUACCGAAGCUAUCAACAGAAGGUGUGUACAUGAUUAAAUGCACUUGUGGCAAAUGUUAUGUUGGGCAAACAGGAUGAUUGAUCAGCACGAGACUAAAGAACAUCAGAGAAAUAUUAAAUACUCCCAAUACAACUGUCAGCAGUAGCAGAAUACGCGUGCCAACAAGGACACUCAAUUCAUUUUGAUAAUGUUGAAGUUCUGUGCAAAACUAGCUACUACUGGCCAAGACUAAUUAGAUAAUCUAUGGAAAUUGAAAGAAAUAAAAAUACCUUUAACCGUUCGGAUAGCUACCUACGUAGUGCUGCGUGGAAGCGAAUCAUCAAAUAAUACAUUGUUUAAAUGCACGCCUAUACAGGCCACCACACACAAUAGACAGCAAGGACAAGAUCAAAGGGCUUGCAUAAUGCACAUGCAUAGUGUACGUUGACUCAGUAAUCUCCUCCCCCCCUCCACACUGCGCAAGAGCGCAGAAGCGUGGUCACCACAUCUACGCCUCUAUAUAAGGAACGAAACAGGUGGACUUCUCCACAAAUCUGUUUGUUGCCUGAUGAAGCUAGUUGUAAUUACUGACGAAACGUCGUACUCGGAUUGUAAAUGUUGUGGCUUGGCUCUCCAACACACCGGUGUGCUGUACUAGUGACGAAUUGGCACGUUGUUUACGUGACAACCCUUACUAGUUGGCUGUGUUGUGUGGUGGCGGGUUUUAACGACACAUUUAUAUAUUAACCCAAAAUAACCCAAAAUACCUCUAUUACGGCUGGGUUCGUCAGCUUAAGCAUAUUCCCGUAACAAUGCUUAAACAUCACUGCAAAGCAUGGGCGCGUAUUUGAGUACGGCAUGACCCUCUCGUGCGGGAGAGGUUUAGAGAGUUCGCUGAAGAUGGAUGUAACGUGAAAUGUCCAUUAGGCGUAGCACUUACGAUAGUGAUGCAGUUACAUUGGUGAGUUAUUGGUGGUAGCUGUAACGACCGAUGCAAGACAGUGUGUCCUCACAAUAACUGGGCUCCUGCAAGGGGUGGUGGUGACGCAGCAUACCCAUUCACUUAUCGCUAUUUCCACGAACACCAAUUGCCCUUUCACAGCUUUGUGAUGUCGCUUGUAUUUGACUUUGAUGUUCUAAAAAUGCUGUGUAAAAGUUAAGUAGACCCCUAACAACACGGGAAACCAACACAAAUCACGAGCCCUCGUUUGUGGAGUAUGCACGUUCCCACAAUCCGCCGACAGUUGCAGCUCUCAGUGAUGCAGUGCAAAGCUGGGGACUGGAACUCGCAACGUGACCGUUUUCUGCGUAGCGUUGAGAAGCAGCUAACAAGUAAGGCAUGGAUUUGUUAAGCCGUUUAAAUUGUUUUACUUCGGAAGCACAUAUUCCCAAUUAAUAGCAAUCUAGGGCUCUCCUAAAAAAAAAAAAACUCGCUAUACACAGGGCAUUUCAUAUCCGCCAAACGUUAUUUCGAGGACACACUGUACAUAAGAUAUCGCUAUAAAAAAAAUGUUAACAUAAUUUACUUAUGUUUAACGGACAGCUGAAAAACCAAAUCGCGAUUUACCGAUGACCCACGACCGAUGGGUAUAGAGUUUCUUCUUAACGCGGUGCACAACAGCAGCACGCAACAAUGUGUGAUGCUGUUGUCGCGUCCGAACUGUGUCGUGGAUAUUUUAAAUGAUCCAGUGAUAAAAUAAUCACACAGCACGACGCGUGAGUCUGUGGUGCAACUUAUCGGAAUACUGUGAACCAACUUCAAAUGAUGUGUGCUGGUUCAAGUUCAUUCAUUUAUUUCAAGUUCAUUUAUUAGCUAUAGCCCUGUGAGCCAUUCGGCUCUUGAAUGGUGAUGUCAUGAAGCUAAAUACCACAAUGCCCCAGACUACUUGUGUCCAAUUAGUUAGCCGACUCAAAUCGAUGGCAUUGGCGCGGCUCUCCUGUGUAAUUCUACUGUUCUUGGGGUCUGUAAAUGGGGAUAUUUGUGCAUGGUGAACAUAGAGCGAACAUGUGAAUGCCAUGAACUGUGAACAAGACAACCGUAUAACAUGAAGUCAGGCAUUAAUGAUUUUAAAACAAACAUGAGCAUCCUUCCUGUUAGUUUCCGCGUCAAACUCAAUCCCACAAGACAAAUGGGUAGCACCAGCGGUGGACUUUUGGUAAGUGUUGCGUUUAGAUGCGGAAGAGAAUAGAAUGGACGUAAGCAUUAACAACCAUUCUAUCGACUUUCACAAUUAUAGAUACUCGACUUUAUUGUUGUACAUUUAAAAUGUUAGAGAAUUCCCAGGUUCGUCUGUGGAAAAGCAAUAAAGCAUGUCGCACUAAUUAUUAUUAUUAUACGACUGUCAAGUCGAUAGGAGGCUGUGACAUAUUUGGUGGAAUGGUGAAAGCUGCCACAUGAACCUAAAGCGCUGUGGGCUGGACAUCCGUUGUAUGUAUUAAUGUUGCUGUAUGUUAAUAAACAGUAG